AUACCGCGAUUCCGUCAGCGUGAUAAGUUUAUUAAAAAUUGAUUGAUAUAAUUUAAUUACUGUUUUAAGUGUUUAUAUAAUGGCAGAUCCAAAAUAUGAAAAUCUGCCCGGAAUAGCCUACGAUCAACCUGAUGUUUAUGAAACCGGUGAUUUGCCUGAAGCCGACCAACCAGAACCCUUUGAAGAAGAGGAGAAUGAAUGCAUUGAACAACUGCAUCUUUCAGUGAAAGAUUCCUUUAAUAAAUUUAAAGGCAAAUUCCUAACUGGAACAGUUGAUUUUUCCGAUAGACUUAGUCGGAAAACACGUAUUGGAUAUAGAGCAGGAGAAUGGGAGUUAGCAGCUGAAGGAGAUCCUGAAACAGCUGUUGAGCGCUAUAACAGACUCCGAUGUGAGUUUUCUGAACUUUUAGAACAAGUCACUGAAGAGAAGAACAAAGCUUCAGAAAGUGAGAAGGAAGAAUUCACAAAAUUGGCAACUCAAAUUAAUACAACCAAAAAAUUAUUAGAAGAAUUGAAACUGGAAGAAGGGGAACUAAUUGACCCUAAGGCAGAAAAAUUAAAGGAAUAUCUUUCAGUUAAUGCAAAGAAGAAGGGUGAAGUUGUAACGGCCCAUCUUAAGCUCAAACCAGAAGUUAGUCUUGCUCAGACGACCAGGAUAGCCCAACUAGAGCACAGAUUACAUAAGUUAGAACAAGUAGCCGGUGUAAGAGAUGAAGAGGCUUUCCAAAGGCUACAAACGAUAACAGGCCAGGCGACGUUGUGCGGGGCCGCGUCGUGCCUGGCGGCGCAGAGCGCGCUGGUGCGCGGCGGCGAGCUGGCGGGCGCGGAGGCGCGCGCGGCCGCGCUGCUCACGGGCCUCGACGCGCUCAAGGCCGCCGUCAAGCCCACGCUGCCGGAGCAGGACGAUAAGGUCAAUGAACUGUACAAACUAUUGAAACAGAUAGAUGGAAUAUCUCAUACAGAGAUUCUGGAGCGUAUGGAAGCAUUGGAAGCCCUGCACAAUCAAGCAAGUAACUUUGGUAAAUCGUUGACCGAGUUGGAAACACUCCAGAGUACAAUCGCCAGUGGAGUACAGAACAACAAGGAGUUACUUCAGGGAGUGCAAGAGGUAUUCGCACACAACGUCGACAGCCUGCAAAAAGAAAUCAAAAAACUAAGCGAAAGAAUCACCAAGAUCGCCUCCGCCACGGCGUGAUAACGCAUAUACUUUAGAUUGAAAUGUUAUAAUGCGUAAAAAUCAUAUGUAUUUAGAUAUUUUAUGCACGCAUUCGGAACAGAAUAGAUUGGCGCGUUCACUGAGAAAGGCAAUAGCUAAGAUAAUUAUUGUCAUUCAAAUAAAGUAACGUGGUAAAGUAACAUUACACUUUUGCAGCAUAAUUCUAAAAUGCCGAAUUAUCAAUAUUUUGCUAUCAAUGUAAAAUCUCUCUGCUUGGCUGUUUUGUUGAAUGGUAACAGUUCGUCUUUCAUUUUAUGACUUGUUUGAUGAACCAGAACAAGAAUCUUUUUUUAAAUGAACAUCUCAUGUUAUUUUGAAUAUAUUUAACUUGUGAAUAGUUGUGAACAAUGGAUUAAUAGUUCAUAUUUUUGUUAAACAAAUAUUGAUGCUAUUAUCUUACACAUCUGCUCAUCACAACAUAGCACUAAUAGUUAUCAAAACUAAAUCCUUAUCUUGUUUAAAACUUAGCGUGUUAAAAAAAUCAAGUUUCCAAUAGCAUGUAAUUUUCCUGGUGCAUACUAGUUAAUUUCUCAACAAUUGAAUAAAAUUAUUAUUUUUAACAUUUACCAUUUUUAUUAUAAGCUGUAACUUAGCUUAAUUGUAAGUUUGACUGCUUAUUGUAUAAUUUAUUAAAAAUAAAAAAUAUAUUUAUCUG